GACGGGGCGCUAAUCAGACCCCCAGGACCAAGACAUCCGACCAACCAGGAAGGCAGUCUGGUCGGGCAAGGAACCCGCUACCCCCCCGCCCCCCCGGGCAUCCCACCCCCAGGCGAGAAAGCAGAGUUCCAGCCCCAGUCCCCCAUCACAGUCCCCCCCAGCCAACACAUUCCCAACUCCGGACCACCCCAACAGAUACCAGCCUACCCCAACUGUGCCCAGGCCCUGGACCCACCCACAUCAGUGUCAGGGCACAGAAUGAAUGAUAUGGAAAAGGAAUUCAUUAAAGAGCUUGAGCAGACAAGGAAAGAACGCGAUCAAAUGAAAGAAGAUGCUGAAAACUGCAGGAAGACUCUUGCAGAUUUCAAAAAAAGGAUGCAGAAUCAGUUGUCAAAUGAACUGGAUUACAGUGGAGCUUGUUCUGAAAAUAUUAUGGACCCCUGCAGAGAAUCAGAAGUCGUACGUAUGUAUGACAACAUGAAAACUCAAUCCUGGGGAGAAACUAAGGAAAAACUUUGGAAAAGUUAUAGUUUACAAAGCACAGAUUUGCGUGAACAUGCUGCAAUGCUGAUAAAGAUGGUGUUUGACCUCGCAGUGCAGAAUGUGAAGCGGAUAAGAUACUUCAUAGAUAAUACAUGCAGAGUUCAACCUGCAACCUCCCAAAAGACGGUUUGCCUGAACAAAAUUACGCAUGACUUUCAAUUGUUUUUUUAUUACUGUGAUCUUGACUACUUCAAGUCAGUUGUAAAGGAAUAUGUUUGCACUGGACAUGGAGGAGUCUGCAUUGACCUUGCAGCUGAGUGUUACAAAGUGGCGACUUUGAUGGCUCUGCAUGAGCCACAGCUCACGCCUGUUUGGGAAGUGGGAAGUUGGCCUUUCGGUUACGCAAGUCAAAAAGUGUUUCCAGUAAUUUACAAAAACAAUGUUGUCAUUUGUAAGUCGGAAUAAAUGUAAUUAAAUACCUUGAUUUGCUACAGAAAAACAAAGUAUAUCCUGUGGGGCAAAAUUGGAUAUUUUAAUGAAAAAUGCAUCCGUUGGCUUAAAAGGCAGUAGUAGUAACUUUCUAUUUUCUAUUUUUAAUCAAAUGUGUGUUAUUUGAUCUUGGAACCCUGUACACCAGAUUACAGAUAAUAUACUAAGCAAUCAUUGUUUUGUUAAAUAAAAUGAGCAUAAGCAGUUGUCACGGGCGUGCAGGACGGAAGAUCGCUCCGGCAGCGCAAGCGAUCAUAAACAGGCAGGCAGACGGGAAACGGGGCAAAACGAGGGUUUAAUCAGGAACACGAGUCGACAAACACCAGGUAACAUCAAUGACAGGCACGGAAAUAGGGGAGACCAGGACUUAAAUACAAUAAAGCUGGGCAACGUAAUCGGACAGGGCUGGAAACAAUCGGGGAAGCACACGUGGUAAUCAGGGGGCGUGGCACACAUGAGGAGCGGACGGGUCAGGCAUCACAGCAGUGGCACAUGAUUUUAUUAAUACUAUAAAAAUGGGUUGACAUUAAUGGAAUCACCAUCCACUGUCUCAAUAGACAAAUAGAAGAACCAACUUUUAAAUCUCUUACUACAUGCAAAUUUAUUCAGAAUAAAGUGCUUUAUUGUAAAUUGUGAUGGGAGAAACCCCAUUUCUCAGUGACUGUAUAGUUAGUUGGUAAAAUACUGGGUAGGGUUAGGUUCAUAGGGACGAUGUUUGUGGAUAAUAUUUUCGGUUGGUGUUUGUGUUCAUGAGUAUUUCUAAUAAUGUUAAUUGAGUGUAUUAAUACGAACAUAAUACCAAGGAUAUUCUUAGUCAUAAGUAUUUUUAUGCAUUUAUUCAUUGUCUCUCUAUAGGGUGACCACCCAAUCCAUGUCAGGGGGACAUGGAGCUAGAACAGGAUUUGUGAACUACCUUCUAUUAAAAGGACCUGGAUUUCACAUAAGCAUAGAGUUCCUGCUGUGUGCUGAUUGGUCAGUCUCCUAUAAUCAUGCAUGUGCUACUAAUGUGAAACAGCCGGAUGAGCAUUUCAAUCAAGGAAAUUAACCAGUCAAAGCAGAAGGCAAACAAUUAUUUAGCCAAAUACAGGAGCCUUUCAGUUUUAAAAUAGUUUGCAAAACCUGAAGUAGCUUAGUGUCCUUCCUGACAUGGAUUACACAGUCACCUGAUCUUUAUAAUAGUUAAAGGUACAGUAUUUUCAUGGCCUUCAUUAUAGGUGAGUGGUAACUCAGUUUUUGCAGUCCAGCUGACUUCCAUGUCAGAUGUGUGACAGUGUCAGUCUAUGUACAACAUUGUAAUACACACUUUUAAUAAAGAUGGAUAAAUUCAAAUUGUUUGCUGUGUAUUAUGCCAUCAGUG